UGUCAUAUCAUUAUGUUCAUGUAACAAAGGGCCACAAUACGUGAUUUGAUUUACUUGUAUUAGUUUUAUUAGUAACUGAUUUGGUACAUUGGAAUCUAUGAUAGAAGUCCGAGUUCAGCCAGACCCAUCAGAAAAUUAUCCUCUAGACUAGUUAAACUGAAUGACUUUAGCGUAAACCAGUCAAGUAGUUGGCGAACAUUUACAUUAGCGUCACUCGCUGUCGCUUGAAGUUCUCUUGAAGAAACAAAUCCCUCGAAGAUGUCUGUUGAAGUGAAUAGCCCUGAUGUGACCUACAGUGAAACGUACAUUGAGAGCAAGUACAACUACCAAACGACAAACGUGCAGCUGAAUAAUGGCAAACUGGUGGCAACCCCUGUUAGUACUACGUACACAUUCCGCACUCGUCGCAAGGUUCCCAAACUCGGGGUUAUGCUUGUUGGAAUGGGUGGAAAUAAUGGCACGACUGUUAUAGCUUCAACGAUUGCCAAUCGUCUGGGGCUGAGCUGGAACACGAAGGAUGGGAAGAAAUGCGCCAACUACUACGGUUCUAUUACGCAGGCCAGCACUGUGUGCCUGGGUACUGGACCGGAUGGUGAGGUGUACGUCCCACUCAACAACUUGCUGCCUAUGGUUCACCCAAAUGACAUUGUAUUUGAUGGGUGGGAUAUUUCGUCUCUGAACAUGGCGGAUGCGAUGGCCCGUGCUCGUGUUCUCGACUACAACAUUCAGCAGCAGUUGGUUCCCUACAUGAAGGCGAUGAAGCCCCGCCCAUCUGUCUACUUUCCCGACUUCAUCGCUGCCAACCAGGCGGACCGCGCGGACAACGUCCUUAAUCUGGCCACUAAGCAGGAGCUGCUGGUUCGCCUGCGUCAGGACAUCCGCGACUUCAGGGAGGCGAGUGGCGUCGACAAGGUGAUCGUCUUGUGGACGGCAAACACAGAGCGCUUCUGUGACGUGCGGGAGGGUCUGAACGACACGGCCGAGAAUUUGCUGCACAGUAUCAAAUACAACGCAGCCGAUGUGUCGCCGUCCACCCUGUUCGCCACGGCGGCCAUACUGGAAGGUGCCACGUACAUCAAUGGGUCACCCCAGAAUACAUUUGUACCAGGCGUCCUCGAACUAGCUGAGAAGAAAAAAGUGCAUAUUGCUGGCGACGACUUCAAGUCGGGUCAGACCAAGCUGAAGUCUGUUUUGGUGGACUUCUUGAUCAGCGCUGGCAUCAAACCCAUCUCCAUUGUGAGCUACAACCAUCUCGGCAACAAUGACGGCAAAAACCUCUCUGCGCCUCAGACAUUCCGUUCUAAAGAGUUGUCAAAGAGCAAUGUGAUUGACGACAUGGUGCAGUCAAACAACAUCUUGUACAAAGACGGGAAGAAGCCGGACCACUGCGUGGUGAUCAAGUACGUGCCGAGUGUGGGCGACAGCAAGCGCGCGAUGGACGAGUACACGUCGGAGAUCAUGAUGGGUGGCACCAACACCAUCGUCAUCCACAACACGUGCGAGGACUCCCUGCUGGCCUGCCCCCUCAUUCUUGACCUUGUCAUCGUGGCAGAGCUGUGCGAGCGCAUUCAGUUCAGAGUGGACCCCGCUCACGACUUCGAGACCUUCAACUCAGUGCUGUCCAUCCUCAGCUUCUUGUGCAAGGCUCCGCUGGUUCCCAAGGGAACCCCAGUCAUCAACGCUCUGUUCCGCCAGCGGGCAUGCAUCGAGAACAUAUUCCGUGCUUGUAUUGGACUCGCGCCUGUUAAUCACAUGCUGAUGGAGUACAAGCAUGAGAGAAUAACUACCCUACUACCUCCAGCUCUGCAUUCGGUGCCAGAAGUGAAGAAAGUUGGAAAGAAGAUCGUGUCAAAUGGAGCAUGUGAUGUCACUAAUGGCUACCACAGACACUGGGAAGAAGAAGACGAUGGCAGCAUGGAGGCAGAGAAGUAGGAAGUAAAUGACAAUCAUGUAUCCGAGUUGUUUACCUUUAAUAGGGGCAUUAAAACUAAAUAAUUGUUUAACUUAAUUGGACAUUCAACUCUUCGACAUACAAGGUGCCUGUAAAGACGACUGACCUAGCAAAACCGUCUGUCGGAAACUGCCACAUCAAGCAAGCCCAGCGGUGAAGAUGAGAUUUGAACUUUUCGAUGCACAUUUUAAAUUGGAUUUCCUGUUUCAGGUUGGAUAAUGUAGAUCGUUCGAGGUACACACUAUAAAAAGAAACGUUAAACUUGAUGUCAUAUUGGUUGCUACUAUUGGCCAAUAUUGCUUGUAUUCAGUCGAAUGGCCACACUAGACAGUUUUGAUGACAUUUUUGGUGCUUCUAUUGAGAUAAUUGUGAAAUAAAAUAUGUUUGUUCAAUCCACCUGUGGCAUCUUUGAACAAGCAUAUUUUCAUUUGGUACUUUGGUAUUUUUGUCUUAGAAAAUGUAAUGUCUUAUUUUUAAACAUAGAUGUUUGAAAAAGUCGGGUCAUCAAGUAAGUUCAUAUACAGACUGAUGGGGGGAAUAUACUAAAAACUACAUGUACACUAUACAAUAUAUUAUGUAGAUUAUAAUCAAAUAUUGCUUAGUUUGUAUGCAGUUUAUCAUAUCAUACAUAGGCUUGCAAUAUGACUACUUUGUUGUAACUUGGGUUAGGUGUGUAAUAUUAUUAUUAAUAUGUGCUGUUUGUAGUAAAAGAUAGUUAAUGAUGCUAGAAGAGAGAAUGAUAUCACAUCACCUUUUUAUCAUCAGAUAGCCGUAAUAUUGGGCACGGUCCAAAUUAUCCAGGAAACAAACUAGUGAAGGAUAAUGUUGUUAUCCACGAUGAUUGUAAAUAACAAGUGAUUUAUAACUUGCAUGGAUUUGUAGCUUGGCAUGUGAUUUAAUGAUUUGUGUGCCAAACAUUUUUAUGCCCUUUUAUAGGAAUAAUCGGGUGAGUUUUGAGGGCCCUGCUACAUGUUUCACAUGCAUCCAGACUGUGAUAAAGAAUUUCACCACCAACUUGAGCAGGAGAUGAACAUUUCAUGGUUAUUAUCGUCCUCUUGUGAUCGUGAGACCACACAUCCUGACACGACCCAUGUAAGAACCAGAUGUUAAGAAUCAUGUCGCUCGCAUGUAGAGGAUACUUUGUCAUUUGAGGCAGAGUUUGAUAGUUUGACAAUUUGUUUUUAUUGUAAUACACUCAAAAUUAAAUCUCUUUACAGACUAGGAAAGCAUAUAAUUAUAAAGUGUUCUUUAUGAAAAAAGAAAGAAUCUCUGUCAUGUCAGAACUCUGGGGGAAGUCUGAGGUUGUGCCCAUGACAGACGUGCUUGAACAGUUCUCUGAUGGAAGAAUGCCAAAAAUUACCCACACCCACAAAAGAAAGAAAAGGUUUUAAUGAUUUUCUUCAUUUUAACCUGCAGAGGUGCUUAGUUUAAUUUUAUUUUUAAGGGUAUUUUUAUUAUGACAAAACCACUAUGUGUUGGUAAUGUUUAAAAUUUGUAUUUUUUAUGUUAUUUAUUUAUGAAAGUCAUGUCGGAUUUUAAAUACAGUACAUGUUUUAGAAGUGAACAAAAUUGUACUUUAACUAAAACAACAUAUUUAUAAAGUACAAAAAGUUUUCAAGGUUUGCCAUAUUCCAAUCUUGCAUCUUUUUUCAUCAGGAAAUUUGGUAUACUUUGGCUAGUCAUACUUUCUUUGGUGUCUUGUAAAAUCCGGUGAUUCAUGAUAAAAUUUGUCAUUUCAGAAGACAAAGUUUAAAGGAAGGGACAAUUAAGGCAUUUGGCCUGGUAUGCAUAUUCAACGAUAUAUAAUGCACAUUAUUGCUUAAUAUCAACAAGUAUAAUCUUAUAGUUAAUUAAUAAAACAGUUAAAUGUGAUG